AUGGAGGCUGGGGAGGCCGGCGGAGCCGCAGCAGGCCUGUACCCAGUGGACAUUUUGGACGAUGACCCCGAAGGGCACCGGGAAGCGGCUCUGGCUUACUAUGCCACACUCAGGGGAGGGGCCCCGCCCCCAGCAGCGGCCCUCUCUCUGCCCGCCGGGGAGCAGGUUCAUCUCGAAGCCGCAUCCGUCUGCCUUUGCACUUUGCACCGUGACGAACCUCGGCAUAAAAUCUUGGUCUUGGUCAGUCCCCAGGACACAAAGACAGUCGUGGCUGUGUACGUGAAGGAGUCCUGGUGGGCCACCGAAGACGUGCUGAGAACCUCUGACCCGGCGAGAGAAGGUCUGAUGGAGGUUCAGACAUUUGGGGAAAGGAUUGUGCUUUUCCUUCUCAACGUCGUUAUCUUUGGAAGGUUGGAGAGAAAAUUGGACGACGACGACAUGUUCUUUUUGCCUCACUCUGUGAGGGAGCAGGCGAAAAUUCUGUGGCGAGACGGAGCGGCGGUCGGGUUCUACACAACGAAAAGGAAAGGCAGCCUGUGCGGGGAUGGCACGGGAGCCUGCUACCUGCUGCCCGUCCUCGACACCGUGUUUGUCCGGAGGGGACACCGGCGCCAGGGCCUGGGCGUGGCCAUGCUGCAGGACUUCUGUGGAACAUUCCGGGACGAGGAGGCCCUGGGGGUCAGCUGGCCGAUUUCUCCUGCCAUGUACCAAGUCUGCAGGAAGUUCCUGCUGGCCCACCCGGAGCAGCGCGGGCGCCUGUGGGAGGUGGAGCCCCCUGGAGCCUGGGGCCAGCGGGACAGCAUCUGGCUGAAGCUUCAACUGCGACAGGCCAGACUCCCAGACCGCGAGUCGGCGUGA